AUGGACCUUAAGGAGAAAGUUACCUUAGAAGCAAUACAAGGAAUGUUACAGAAGAUGAUGUUACAACAAGAGGACAUGAGGAGUGAAAACCGUAAUGUCCAAGAAAGGUUGGAAAGGUUGGAACAAGGUACCCCUAGCCGUGGCAAGAUAAGAGACACAAAACGUAGCCUCUUUGAUGAUUUAGAAGGGGAGAUUAAAGAAGAAGGAUCUACACAUUCCAACAAAGGCAAAUCAAAAGAUGGGAAUUUAGGUUCAAUCAAAAUGAAGAUUCCAGCUUUCCAUGGUAAAAGUGAUCCAGAGGCAUAUUUAGAGUGGGAGAAGAAGGUAGAGAGUGUAUUUGAGUGCCAUAACUACACCGAAGAGAAGAAGGUAAAAUUGGCAGCCGUUGAAUUCACCGACUAUGCUAGUGUAUGGUGGGAUCAAUUUACCUCGACUAGGCGCAGAAGCGGAGAAGGUCCUGUUUCUUCAUGGUUUGAGAUGAAAACAAUCAUGAGGAAGAGAUUUGUACCACAACACUACUAUAGGGAGCUGUACAAUCGAUUACAAAGGUUGAAUCAAGGAUCCAAUAGUGUUGAAGAAUAUCACCAAGAGAUGGAGAUGGCCAUGAUUCGAGCCAACAUUGAGGAGGAUAGGGAAGCUACUGUGGCACGUUUUCUUUCAGGUUUGAACCGUGAUAUUGCUAACCUUGUUGAGUUGCAUCAUUAUAUAGAUUUUGAGGAUAUGGUACACAUGGCAACCAAGAUUGAAAAACAACUAAGAUCAAAAACCAAGGCUAUUUCGACCCCAACAUCAUGGAAGCCGAAUUGGAAAGGGAACAAGGGAGGUAAUGCAAAUACAAAUAAGGGCAGAUCUGAUCAAAGCAAAAAUAAAGAGCUCACUACACCAAAAAUGCAACCAAAGGAUGACAAAUCCAAGGGUAAAUCCCGUGAUAUACAAUGCUUUAGGUGCUUGGGAUACGGACAUAGAGCUGCACAAUGUCCAAAUGCAAAGGUGAUGACCUUACGCAAUGGGGAGGUGGUGAGUGAAGAUGGGAGCGAGGAUGAUGAUGACUUGAGUGAUAUACCACCAUUGGAGGAUGUUUCAGAAGAAGAGGGCAAUGAACCAGCCCCUAAAGGACCAAUUUUCACGUUGGUUGCAAGGCGUGCUCUAAACAUGCAAGCUAAAGAGGAUGAGGUACAACGCGAAAAUAUCUUUUAUACUAGAUCUUAUAGGUUGCAAUGGUUGAAUAAUAGUGGGGAUAUUAAGGUCACGAGGCAAGCAUUAAUUUCAUUCUCUAUUGGGCGUUAUCAUGAUGAGGUUUUAUGUGAUGUAGUACCUAUGCAUGCUAGUCACAUAUUAUUGGGACGCCCUUGGCAAUAUGAUAGGCGUGUUAUACAUGAUGGGUAUUCUAACCGAUAUUCAUUCAACAUGAAUGGUAGACAUGUCAACUUGUUACCUAUGACGCCUAAAGAAGUAUACGAAGAUCAAAAAACUUUGAGUGAAUGUGAGAGUGCACAUGGAAAAGAAAAGAUGCACAAGCAAAAGGAGAGCUGUGAGAAAAGCCAAGAUAGGUGUGCAAAUAGAGAGGAAAAAGGAGAGCAAGUAGAGAGGAUGCGCAGUGAGAAAAAAAUUCAUGAGAGUGCGCAUGCAAAAGGAGAGAAUAGUGUGCAAAGAGUGGCAAAAAAAGAGGUAAAAGGCAAUUUUUAUGCAAGAGGGAGUGAGGUUCGAAAGGCUUAUUUAACAAGGCAGCCUUUAAUACUAUUGGUAUUCAAGGAUGCGUGUUUAUCUUUUGAAUCUAACUCAAUUCUCUCUUCUCUCCCUAGUUCUUUUCAAGCUUUGUUGCAGGAAUUUGAAGAUUUGUUUCCCGAAUCCAUGCCUGAUGGUUUGCCGCCAUUGAGGGGGAUAGAACAUCAAAUUGACUUCAUUCCUGGAGCACAAAUUCCAAAUCGCCCAGCUUAUAGGAGCAAUCCCGAAGAAACAAAGGAGUUACAACGUCAAGUGGAUGAGUUGUUGUCAAAAGGGUUGAUUAAAGAAAGCAUGAGCCCAUGUGCCAUUCCUGUUCUAUUGGUGCCAAAAAAGGAUGGAUCAUGGCGUAUGUGUGUUGAUUGUCACGCCAUCAACAAAAUCACUGUAAAGUAUCGCCAUCCUAUUCCUCGUUUAGAUGAUAUGUUAGAUGAAUUGCAUGGUGCACGUAUAUUCUCUAAAAUUGAUUUAAUGGCUGGUUAUCAUCAAAUUAGAAUGAAAGAAGGAGAUGAAUGGAAAACUGCCUUUAAAACAAAAUAUGGUUUAUAUGAGUGGUUAGUGAUGCCUUUUGGGUUAACUAAUGCUCCUAGUACGUUCAUGCACUUGAUGAACCAUGUUUUGCGUGAAUUUAUUGGCAAAUUCGUUGUUGUUUAUUUUGAUGAUAUACUUGUGUAUAGCAAAUCACUUAAAGACCACAUUUUGCAUGUGAGAUCUGUUUUUUGUGUUUUGCGUGUGCAAAAGUUGCAUGCUAAGCUUGCUAAAUGUAUGUUUUGUGUGCCUAAGGUUACAUUUUUAGGUUAUGUUGUUAGCAAGCAUGGUAUUAAGGUUGAUAAUGAAAAGGUUAAGGCUAUUGAAUCUUGGCCUACACCUAAAAACGUUGGGGAUGUUUGA